AUGCUCGACUGCAACGUCACCACGCUCGACUGCAAUGCGUACCCACACAUCGUCGACGCCAUCGCCAACGCUGCUGCUGCGCAGCGUGAGACCGCGCUCGCUAUGCGGCCCGUGUGCCGCGAGUUCCGAGCCAAGGCAGACGCGGCUCUGGCGCGGCAUCUGCGUAUUGACUGCGUCCCCUAUGACUACUCCUCUGGCCUCGAUUACCUUGACUCUUUACAAGACCCUCCUCUUCUGGUCCUCACCGCGUCGGGUAACCGCAUUCCCCGCCUGUAUCCGUCAUCGGCGCCGCCUGCGGGGCGUGGACGCCCAUAUGCCCCGCCCAAGUGGCCCGCUCUUAUCGAAGUCCUAGCCUACACCCGUUUCGCCGACAUCCUGGCAUCUCCAGGGCGCUCCCAGACCCGCGAACUGCGCCAGUUCCGGAACGACACGGUGCGUUGUAUCGGCGUGAACGGCUCUAGAUUCGAGUCCGACAUUCGCUGCCGUCGCCUGGUCUCCUUGACGGUCAUUGGGUCCCAUGAUCCCAAUUUUGCGGACAUGCUGCCGACAGGCUCCGCCGUUAUAGGGGACGAGCGUUUUGUCAUCAACGUUGUCGUGCCGGAUGUCGGUCCAUUCCACAUUGGCACGUGGCGCGCCUUGCCCUUUUAUCCUCGCUACGGUGUCACCUUGAUCUUACGGCCCGUUGAUUCCCGACUCCAGUUCGGUGAGAUUCAUCCUCAGAAUCGCCAAGGAUUACCUAUCGGCGUGUUCGAUAGGCAUUCUGAGCCUCGCCACGAAUCCCCUCUCGGCGUGCUCGGCAACGUCGGGGUCAUGGUGCUGAGCGCCGACCCGAGCACAAAGUUCACUCUCGUCGGGAUCGAGAACCUGUCGUGGGAGCGCAUCGGCGUUCCUGAACCUGAGAACGAAGAGGGCUGCAGCAAGGAAGCAUGGUUCAUCGCCGCGCUCAAGGAAUCGAUCGUGCCUGCGUAUGGGCCCGAAAUGGCCGACACCAAAAUCGACGAGGUCAUGAGCUGCAUCGAGUUCCUCUCUGACGCAGAGUACCGGACGCGCGUCGGCGAGGAGGAGUACGAAUCGGACAUGGUUCCUCUCGACGGACUGUUGGACAAGUUGUUGCUUCGAGGUUAA